GGGGCCCGCAACGAGAGCAACACCGGCACCCACAACCGUGCGGCCGCGGGCCGGGAUGCCGCGACCCGAAAAGAUAAGCCGCCACCGCCGCUGGCCGGAGCUGAAUGGCGCUGCUCUCGCCACCGCUCCCUCCUCUUUUCUCGCUAGCUCGCCACCGCUUCUCCUCUUCCCCUCUCCUCGCCGCCGCGGCAACACCUAGCCCUCUCCUUUUUCUCUACCCCCACAGCCACCGCCACCACGGCGUUCUCUACCCCUCCGGCCCCAAUGGCCGUCCGCUCCGCCGGCGCCGCGGGGGUAUAGCUGCCUCCCUCGACCAGGAGGAGCCUGGAACGUCUGAGACUACCGUCGCACCCGAGGAGGAUGCUGAAGCGACGGUUUCCUCCGAUGUGGCGGCUGCUGACGCUGUCGCGCCUUCCGCCGAGCAGGCGGAGGCGAGCCCCGAGGACCUGGAGAGUAUCCGUGAAGUCAGAAGGGUAUUGGAGCUGCUGAAGAAGAACAGGGACAUGACCUUUGGCGAGGUUAAGUUAACUAUCAUGAUUGAGGACCCUAGAGAUAUAGAAAGGAAGAGAACACUCGGGAUAGAAGAUCCUGAUGAAAUUACCAGGGAUGAUUUAGCUGAUGCUUUGGUUGAGGUUAAUGAAGGACGAGUUCCAGAGAACCGUGUUGCUCUUCAGUUGCUUGCCAAGGAGAUGGCAGAGUGGCCUGAUCUUGAGAUAGAAGCUCCAAAAAAUAAGAGCAAACCUGGGAAAUCUGUCUAUGCAAAGGCCACAGAUACUGGCAUUGAUCCCGCCACAGCUGCUAAAAGACUUAAUAUUGACUGGGAUUCUGCUGCUGAUAUCGAUGGAGAGGAGGAGGAGGAGGAGGCUGAACCUGAAGUGCCAUCAGCUGUGGGAUAUGGUGCUCUGUAUUUGUUGACGGCCUUUCCUGUCAUUAUUGGAAUCUCAGUUGUGCUAAUUCUUUUUUACAAUUCUCUACAGUAGUGAACCCUUGCGCUCCUUCCCUUCUUGAGUGAGAUGCUGCCUUUUUGUAAAUCUGAGUUACAAGGCCAGUUAAUCAGUAUUUGUUUUUGUCUCA